UACAGCCAGUUGGAUAAGCCGCCUCCAGAGCACAAUAGCAAUUUAAUUUAUUCCCACCCCGCUCCAAAAGUGCCCAACAAGGAGUUUCAACGCUUCACAGCAACCAAUGUCAGCACCACAUGGCCUUUUUCACCCGCCCACAGCCAAAAGACUCGGAAAGUAUUUGCGAACCUGCAGCUGUUGCCUGAAGCCUCCACUUUUACGCUACGUUGA